GCCGCGCACUGCCCAGCCCGCGCCGCCCGGUUGCCUGCAGAGUGCGCCGCGGCAGCCCGAGCCGGGACGCCGGCCCGAGCGCCCUGCAGACCGGCAGGGCUCCGUGCACACCCGGCCGGCAGCCCGCAGCAUGGAUUCGGAUUCCGGGGAGCAGAGCGAGGGCGAGCCCGUGACUGCUGCAGGUCCCGAUGUUUUUAGUUCAAAGAGUCUUGCCCUUCAAGCCCAGAAGAAGAUUCUGAGCAAAAUAGCCAGCAAAACUGUGGCCAACAUGUUGAUCGACGAUACCAGCAGUGAGAUCUUUGAUGAGCUCUACAAAGUCACCAGAGAAUACACCCACAACAAGAAAGAGGCACACAAGAUCAUGAAAGACUUAAUCAAGGUGGCGAUCAAAAUUGGGAUCCUCUACCGGAACAACCAGUUCAACCAAGAGGAGGUGGUUGUCGUGGAGAAGUUCCGGAAGAAGCUGAACCAGACAGCCAUGACCAUGGUCAGCUUCUACGAGGUGGAAUACACCUUUGAUAGGAACGUGCUCUCCAAGCUCCUGCAUGAGUGCAAGGACCUGGUGCAUGGACUGGUGCAGCGGCACCUGACACCCAGGACCCACGGGCGCAUCAAUCACGUCUUCAACCACUUUGCAGACGUAGAGUUCCUCUCCACUCUCUACAGUCUGGACGGAGACUAUCGGCCCAACCUCAAGCGGAUUUGUGAAGGGAUAAAUAAAUUACUAGACGAGAAAGUCCUUUGAAUGGCUUCUCUCCUCCUGGACUCUGCUGCUUUAAGGUUACAGCCCCCAACACUGUCUGGGUGAGAAUCAAGAAAACAAGAAAAAAACUCUUGUCCAAGAUGCCCCUGUUCUAUCCUGUUCCACCCCCAAUACUGAUGCUGAACUGACCUCAGGUACAUUUAUUCCCCAAGUUCUCUGACGACGUCUGUACUAACAUCACCUGUGUUUGCAAGCCCAAGGGCUCGUUCAUCAUUUGUAACCAGAAAGGCUGGUCUGCUCAGCAGGUGAGCUUCAUCUCUUGGAGUGGAAGGAGCCCUGGAUCAGGAGCCUGAGGACGUGGACUUGCUUCCCAGCUCCACCUGCCACAGCUCUGUACUCUAUCCCAGAACCACAAUGCCUGCCUGCCUGCCUGCCUACCUCACAGGGCUGUUGUGAGGAUCGGAUGAGAUGCUGUGUGUUCAUGCUUUUGAAAAUGAUGGUGGAAGGUCUGAGUAUUUUCCCUUCUGAGUGGGAGAGGGAUACACCUGGAUCUAAACUUUUAAGCAGCAUAGAAGAAAAGGACGGUAGAAUCUAACAGGCUGAGUUUGCAACCUUUCUCUAAAUGUGCUGCUUCACGAAAUACAAUGCAAUCCAAAGGUGUCACAGAAGUCUGGUUGCAGAUUAGAAAAUCUGAAGUUGCGCUUUUUAGCUCUUAGUGCAGGUUUAUGAUCCUGUGGAGGGAAGCUUCCCAUGCCCAGUGGAGAGAGAGUUUCCCCACCCAUAACACAGAAGCAGAGAAGCACUGGGCGCCUCCCUGUGGGACCAGCCUUCCCUUAUCCUUGUGGCUCAAGGGGGCUUUCUUCUGGCAUGCACGGGGUAGUCAGGCUGAAUGAACCUUCAUCCGUAUUUCUUGGCCUUUCACAGUCAUUUUGUGCUGUUUUCUCUGGUUCAUUAAUAAAUUGAA